AUGACUGCCACCAUCACUGGGUACUGCAUUUACCAGGGGUUCUCAACAGCGCUGGACACUUUAUGUCCCCAGGCAUACGGUUCUGGAAAGAAACUACUGGUCGGGCUUCACCUUCAGCGAAUGUCGAUGAUCUUGCUUCUGCUCACCAUUCCCAUUGGCGUUCUAUGGUUCAACUUCACAGCCAUCUUUCUCCGAAUACUACCUGAUUCUGAAUAUGAUGUGGCAGUACUGGCGGGACUAUAUUUGAAGAUCGUUCUCGCAGGGGCACCCGGAUAUGCAUUAUUUGAAGCUGGAAAGCGAUUCUUUCAAGCUCAAGGGUUGUUUACUCCUAUUCUGCUGGUCCUUGUGAUCUGUGCUUCUGUGAAUGUCUUCUUGAGCUGGUUGUUUGUCUGGAAAUUAAACUGGGGGUUCGUGGGCGCUCCCAUCUCAGUCUCAAUCGCGAUGGAUCUCCUUCCAAUCCUACUUGCCUUAUACGUCUACCUGUUUCGAGGCUCCGAAUGCUGGGUGCCAAUUUCGAAGAACAUAUGGAAAGGAUGGGGCCCAAUGUUUCGUCUUGCCAUUCCAAGCUGGCUCAUGGUCGAAGCAGAGUUUGCCACCUGGGAAGUCAUGACUUUGUCGGCAUCUUACCUAGGAACACGAAGCUUAGCAGCCCAGUCAGGGCUGACUACUGUAACCUGUUUCGCCUUUUAUGUCGGCUUUUCCGUUUCUGUCGCAAGUGGAACUCGUGUCGCCCAGCUUAUCGGUGCAGGUAUCCUUGAAUCGGUACAAACAGCUACGAGAGUAGCAUUCUGCGCCGCAGCUUGUGCUGGAUUGUUCAACUUCGUUGUCAUAAUGGGUCUCAGAGGAGUCUUGCCUCCUUUAUUCACUUCUGACGUUGAUGUCCGCCACCUGACCUUUACCACACUUCCGAUGAUCGCUGUUCUAUCCACACUGGAUCCAAUCGUCGCUUGCUUGACUGGCAUUCUGAGAGCAAUUGGACGACCUGCUCUAGGAACAUCGGUACAAAUUCCAGUAUACUAUGUACUAGCAAUCCCUUUGGCCCUGGUUAUGGCGUUUCGUCUACACUGGGGUCUCUUGGGGCAAUGGGGUGGAUUAUUAAUCGGACAGUCCUUGGUUAUUGUGAUAGAAAGUGGUCUGCUUUGGUAUAUGCUGGAUUGGGAUAAGGCUGCAGAAGAUGCCUAUCAAAGAAACUACUCGGUCUGA